AUGGUCCACAUACAAGAGUCAUCAUAUAACAAUCAAAAAAAUAAUGAUAAAAUAAUAUGUAUCAGAAAAAAUGAGAACUGUAGAAUAACAUAUCAUAAUUUGUAUGAUGAAUUCUUUUCCUUAUCAGAAACAGAGGAUAACAAUUUAUAUAGAACGUCCCAAGAUAUGGAUAAAAAAAAUAUAGAUAAUUGUUUAUAUAACUAUAAAAAUUCAUCUACAUUAAAAAGAAAAAAUAAAAAUAAAUUGAUAAAAGUAAAAAAGGAAUGUGUUCAUAAUAAUAUUUUUUUCAGUGAUACUGAUUUAAAUAAUAAAAAAAAACAUGAUCCUUAUAAUAUGAACUUUAAACGUCACAAAGCAUAUUCAGCUGAUAAUACAUCUUUUGAUUAUAAUAAUAAUAAAAAAAAAAAGAAAAAAAAAAAUAAUAAUAAUAAUAAAUUUAUUUACCUAACUAACUCGUUUCAAAAUGAUGUUAAUUCCUUUAGUCAUUAUAAAAGAAAAAAUUAUAAGAAAAAAAAAGAAAUGGACAUAGAAUAUAAAAACAAGACAAAUAAUGAUAAAUAUAAAGAAAUGAAAAAUAUGAUAAAAAAAGAAUAUAUAAAAUUUGAUGAUAUGCAAUAUAAUCCUAACAAAUAUUAUGAUGUAUUAAAUAAUAAAAAAGAUAUUUCAUUUUUAUUAUCAUAUUCUAAUGAUAAUAUAUAUCGAAACAACCACAAGUACAUAUAUAAUAAUUUAGAAAAAGUGACAGAUCCAAAAUUAGAACCUUUUGAAAAUAUUAACAAUUUAACUACUAAUAUAAAUAAUAAAAAAUAUUAUCAAAAUAUUACAAAUGAAUAUGUUUCACAUAAUAAUUAUAAUGAUAUUACAGAGGAUGAGGAGAAUAAGGUUAUUAAAAUAAAUAUGAAUCCCAUAUAUCAUUCUACAAAUCCCUCAUCUGUUACUACAUAUAAUAACUUAUUCUCAAUCAAAUUAUUAUGUCAUGCUAAAUGUUAUAAUUUAAUUAAAAUAAGUCAUGUAUUUUUUUCUAAACAAAUUACAUAUAAAUGGUUUGAUAAUUACAAUAUUUUAUGUGCAUUUUUGUCUCCAGAAAAAGAAGUGCAUGAAUUUUAUAGUUCUGUAGAUUUUUAUAAAAUAGAAAAUUUAAAUUUAAAAAAAAAUGUAACAUCAUCGAAAAGUUCUAAAUACAUCCUUUUUAUAUUCAAAAAUGGCUCAGUAAUAAUAUGGGAAAAUUUUAAUAACCAUCAAAAAAAUGAUAAUUUUAUAAACAAAAUACUCCUUUUCUUGAAUUCGUUUUCUGAUGAAUUAUUACCAGUAUAUCUAGAACAAGAAGAUACGAUAUAUUUUUUUCAAGGACGACAACAUAAUAAAUGGAAUGAUCAAUGUGUACCAAAUAUGAAAAAGAAUAAUAAAUUAAAAAAAAAAGAAAAAAAAAAUAAUUCUUACUUAUUUAAAAAAAAGGACAAGACAAAAAAAUGUAUACAUAUAAUAAAAAAUAAUUCUAGACAAAAUGAUAAAAAUAAUUAUAAUAAAUCAAACGAAUUAAGAGAAAUGAAAAAAAAAAAAAAAAAAAAAAAAUUAAAAUCUAAGCUUUCAUAUGAACAAAAAGAUAAGAAAGAGAACAACAUAAAUACAUUUGUAAAUAAUGGUGUUAUAUAUUUAACCAAUAAAUCAUUAGAACAAAAAUUAACUGCAUCAUUUGCCUUAUCACAAUCAAUACAACUUGAUGUACAUGAAAUGAUGAUGGAUAUUGCAAUUAACACAUUAUUUAAAAUAUCCAAAGAAAUAGCGAAAAAGGGAACAUGUAUCAUAUCUAAAGAAACAAUAUCAAGAAUGAUGAAUGUAUACUCAAGCAUAAUAAAUGUAAAUGCUGUUCAAGAUUUUUUAGACAUUCCAGAAUAUUUCUGGAAUAAGGUCGAAUAUGAACACGCAUGGUUUGAGAUAUAUAAAUAUAUGGAAAUUCCUGAGCGGAUAAAAAUAUUAAACAAGAGAUAUAAUUAUUACAAGGAUUUUUUAAAGGUUAUAAAAACGGAGGUCUACAAUAAGAAAACAUUUUACACGUAUAGGAUAGUAAUGUUGUUGUUAUUUAUACAUGUAUUGGCUUUAUUAUUGAACGACUUCCUUUUUGUAUAA